AUGCCCAAGACGAUCAGUGCCAAGCCCAAUGGAACCGACAGGCUAUCCCCUGAUGCUGUAACGGGUACUAGCGCAAACCGAAAGAACACUGCAAGUCCAGUUAAUGUAAGUGCUGUACUUAGGCGGAGCCAUGAAAGGAAUGUGCGUUCGAUUGCUGUUGGGAAGGAUAAUGCCAUUCUUGAUAAGGAGCAGUGUGCACAGGCUGAAAUUUGGAAGAACGAAAUGACUACACGCCUUGAGCGAAGGAGAUGGUCUUUUAGAGGAGGAGGAGGGGGGAAGGGGUUUUCGUGUAUGAGGGGUCACCCGAAGAAAAUCAUCACUACACGAACAAGCAAGGGUUUUAUGAAAAUUACUUUGUCAUUUGAUUGGACAGAUUUAGUAGAUUGGCUGAAGCUGUGA